UAAUAGUCGCAAAUUUCAGGGUCGGAGAAACAUUGUCGAUCUUCCCGCGAAUUUGCUGAAACUUUUUGCUCCCAACAUUUCAGCAAUAUCACCGCGCUUAAAACUCACUAUUCUGAACUCUGGACUCUCACUCCUGUCCACAAAACUUCAACAAUGUCAAAAGCAGUAAUACACACUUCUUCUACUUCUUCGCAAUCCCUCGUCCUCCGUCUUCAACAAUCCCUAAAUUCCUGCUCAAAGGCAGUGGAAGCUGAUGAUAUUCGUCAAUCAGAAGAAUUAAUUUCUGAGCUUGUUGAGUUUCUUAGCUCAAUUUCUGAUGCCGCUAUUUCGGAUCCCAGUGAUGAAGAUACCCAAAAUAAUUCAAUCGCGGUUUUAUCUCAUAUUUAUUCUUUCCUCUCAAGUUCUUCUCUUGACCAGGCUAUUGUUGAUGCCCUUUCAUUUGAGUUGCCCAAAGCUAUUGCCAAAUUUGCAGGAGUGUCCCGAAGGUGCUGUGAGAUUGUUGAUAAUAUUAUCGACAAUUUCACGACAAAAUGUAGCCCAAGGGACAUGAUCUCAGUAUUAUCUGAGGCAUUGGAUUCUUAUGGCAAAACAAUUGAUGCCCCUGGUUAUGUCUCUGCUCUUCUGCGCGGGGUCUCUAAAGUAUUUCUUUCCAUACAAAGACGUCAAUUUGAGCAAAUAAAAGUUGCUCUUCCCAUUCUUCUUAAUGCUGUGAAAGCUGCAUCUUUCGAUUUGGAUGAUGGAGAUAUAGGCUUCAAGGAUCUGUUUGAAGGAGCUAUCAGCAUUGGCAAAUCUAUACUGGGAACUUGCCAAAAGUUGGAGGGAGGACCAAAUGGACGACUUCGUGGGUUACUUGCAUUAUAUGUUUUGCAAAUCAUGACUAUUGUUUCAGUCAGCACGGGAGAUAAAGUUUCAUCGUGUCUUUCUUUUGUGCAACAAUUAUCAAGCUUCUUUCCAUAUUGUGGUUUAAAAUAUGCUGAUCUUGUAACUGACCAAGGAGUUGAUCCCCUGAUCAAUCUUAUAUGUGGUGAUGAAACAGAUGAUCUUAUGGAUUGUUUUAGUUAUGUCAAGCAUGGAGCAGUGCUUUCGGUGAUUUGGGGGCAUAUAUCUGAUGAAGUCAGUCAGGCAUCUGGGCAGGAUGUAAGUAUCCUCAUAAAUGAAAUUAGGAACUCCCAUAGCAAUCGAUGGUUUGCUAUAGGCAUGAUGAAGUACGUAUACUCUUUCUACGAGCUGCCUUGGGUCUUAAAGAAACAUGCAACAGACUUCUUGCUUCUCAUCACAGAACACAGUAAUUUGCAAGAGAUGAAUGAAGACAUGAUAUGCUCUUUUGUUACACCCGGUCUUAUUUCUACCCUGCAGGAUAUUCUUUCAGUCAUCAUGUAUACUCCGGAUGCUGAGUUAAGAAAGAAUGCUUUUGUUGCUUUGAAAAGGGUACUUGCUGAUAUUCCAUCUUCUUUAAGGCUUGACAUAAUGCAGGUCCUGGUUAAAACUAGUACCUCUUCAUCCAUGAUUGUUGGGACUGUGCAGGUGGCAAUACUUUUAGAUUGCAUUAGAGAGAACCUUCGAAAUGAUUAUCUCAAACUGCGAGAAGAGAAAGUGUUUCCUAGUUCCACUUUCUGGAAUGCGAGCAUACUUGACUUGGUGGAAUUUGUUUUGAAGCCUCCUAAUGGGGGACCUCCUUCCCUCCCUGAGCAAAGUGACGCGGUUCUUUCCGCUCUUAACCUCUACAGAUAUGUUCUAAUAACCGAGAAAACAGCGGCAUGAGAAAACCAAAAGGCUGCAACUCAUUAUCUAUUAAGUGACCUUGAAGGUCAUAUAGGGAAAGAUAGAGGUGAGAUCUAGGUCUCCCAGAUCCAUGUAGUGACUGACAAAUUUGCUUUGGAAUGCGGCGAGGCUGCAUUUAUGGUGAACCAAAGCCUUGCAUCGGCUGUGAAUUCCCCUAAAGUGAGGGUCACAGAUCCUGAUUUAAGGUUUAUUAGGUGUCAUGACUUCUUGGUUCCAAGCCUGUAAGUCUGUAACACACUGGACUCAUGUGGGAGUUGAACGAAUUACUCAUGAGGCAUGACAGGUGUUCAAGAGCCAAUAAAGUCAACUAGCAUGUAGAGCGGAUCCUGGAGGACUGUUGAUCACAAGAUUGUAUUGACCAAAGCAUAAAUUUUGGAUUUGGGAAGCAAUUGUAAACAUUUGGCAUAGCCAAAUUGAAGUCCACAAGAAGUGCACAGACAUUCUCGAACAUAUAUAUCAAGGAUCUAGGGUGCAUGGGAUUUGGAUAUGUCUACAAGAAGUGUACCGACAUUAUUGAACAUAUAUAUCAAGGAUCUAGGGUGCAUGGCAUGCUCCUUGAAAUGCUCUAGGUUGACAAUGGGUGCUCAUCCUGAAAGGUAAUUGUCGUGAUUCAGCUGAGGAAGAGCCGAGGCCUUUAACUUAUGUCUUAAAAGAACCACUUGAGCUUUAUAGUUAGUUACAUAUGCUUUUUGUGUGCUGACACAGAAGCCAUUGAUCUUUCUAUGUUGUGCACCUUCCUUGAAUUAGGAUUUAUCGGUAUCGAAUACAGCACAGGGUCACCCCAAACCACAAGGAUUUUUGCUGCCAAGCAUUGCUUUGAGAUCAAGGUGAUAUUGCUGUGCUCGAGGCAAAGGCUAUAACUACCUGCCAUGAGAUGCUUUCAACAGAGAUUUCCCGGAACCUCAUGUACUAUACUGUGGGAGUGAGAUAUCACCUGCAUGCAUUUGGUUAAUCCUCGAUAGGAGAGGAAUCUUGCUGUAGUGGGUGCUAGGGGGUAGGGAAUAUGAUUACUGACAUGUGCUUGAGAAGUCUAAGCAGACCAUGGGAAGCAGUUUUUGAAACAAUUCUUGAAGGUGCAUGAGAGUUCUUGGAAUGAUUUGAUUUAUCUAGGGUCCUAAGAGGUCUUUAAUUUGACGUGUUGUGGAAGCCCCAAACAUUUGGAAGCAGAACUUUACAACUCAUACUUAAGAAAAUAUUACUCUGAUUCUUCCUAAUAUUUACUCGGUGUUUUGUUAGAUGUUGCUGUAUCUGUAGGCUCUGUGGUAAUCUAAGAUUCUGAUGCCAGAAAACUGAUUUCUGACA